UCAGCAAUUUGUGUGGCAAAGAAAUGAGAUAGCCCUUUACCCUUCUCUUCACUUCCGCACAAAAUCUCUCCUUCAAAAUUCACUCCAUUUUCAGUACCAUCCUCACCAAAGCCCCAAAUUCUAAUCCACCAGCCAUGGCCACCGUGAUCAUGGCCUCUUCCAAACCCCUUAUCUCCCUCCCCACCCCCACCACCAGCAGACCCAAACUCCAAAUCCCCCAACUCACCCUCCCCACCAAACUCCCCAAAAUCACCAAAACCCAACUCGCAUCCCUCACUUCUUCCACCCUCAAAUCCCUCUCACUCCUUGCAGCCACCUCCUUCACCUUUGCUCCGCCCUCUCUCGCCGAAGAAAUUGAAAAAGCUGCUCUCUUUGACUUCAACUUAACCCUCCCAAUCAUGAUGGUCCAGUUCUUGAUCCUUAUGGUCACUCUGGACAAGCUUUACUUCUCUCCUCUUGGAAAAUUCAUGGACGAGAGAGACGCCGCGAUCAAGGAGAAGCUGAGUAGCGUCAAGGACACUUCAGGGGAGGUAAAGGAGCUAGAAGAGCAAGCUGCGGCGGUUAUGCGUGCUGCGAGGGCGGAAAUAUCGGCAGCACUUAACAAGAUGAAGAAGGAGACGCAGGCUGAGUUGGAGGAGAAGCUUGCCGUUGAAAAGAAGAAAAUAGAGGCAGAAUUGCAAGAAGCAUUGGGAAAUUUGGAGAAUCAGAAGGAGGAAACUAUCAAAUCACUUGAUUCGCAGAUUGCUGCUCUCAGUGAUGAGAUUGUGAAGAAGGUUCUUCCUGCAUAAUAAUUUCAUCUUUUGCUAUCUCCGAAAACUUUGGAAUUGUUGAUGUUUAUAUAUAUAUAUAUAUAUAUGCUUUAGAAUACAUUGAUGGGCAAUGUAAUGAUCUUCCUGAAAACAAAUAAAUGUGAUUUUUUUUUUUUUUGGGAAA